AUGUCUUCGAGUGGCUCAGAGACCCCUUUCUGGGGCCCGGUUACUGCAAACUCCAACUUUUGUGAGGAGGACUACAUGGUUACCAGAUACGCUGCGGAAUUCAUCAACACCUUGACCAACGUAGUAUACAUAAUCUACGCCAUUUAUGGGCUGUAUCAGCUGCGGCAGAAACCCAAUGCUGGUUUCCUUCGCACCGUCCCCUACUUGGGUUUAAUGGCAGUGGGCAUUUGUUCCGGUCUAUUCCACAUCAGCCUCAAGUACCACACCCAGAUGUUGGACGACCUCUCCAUGAUGUUUACAACAACACCCGUGCUCCACCGCGUCAUGACCGCCAAUGCCAGCCCAAGGGUCACAACCAUCGUGGGCAUGAUCCUGGGGUCAACCCUUCUCGCCCUAGUAAUUUACCACGUAAAGACUGAUGAACUGCUUCUGCACUCUCUGUUCUUUGUUGGCUCCGUAACCGCCAUCGGAAUUUCUACCAUGCGAAUGAUCAACACUCGCACACGGGCGGGCUCAGAGGCUCGAAGGCAGAUCUGGGGGAUGGUACGGUUUGGCGCUGUUAUAUUCAAUCUGGGUUACUGGCUCUGGCUGGUUGAUGGGUGGAUGUGCUCCUACUUGAAAAGCCUCAGGCAGACGGUGGGUCUUCCCUGGGGUUUUUUGUUGGAGCUUCAUGGGUGGUGGCACAUCUGCACUGGAAUUGGUGCCUACAUCUUCAUCGCGGUGAUCGAUCAUCUUGUAUCAGGGGACGAUCACAGUGAUAUCCCCGGAUCCCUGGCCUGGCCUGCUCCGUGGGCUGCUCAGUCGGUCUUUGCAGGAAGAGGAUCAGACAAGAAACAAGCAUGA